ACAUCAAACUCUUCCAUAAUCCCCAAGCAGAAGUGAGUUUUUUGGGUGAUAUACAUAUAUAGAUUUAGCUAGUGAAUUGAGUUUUAAAGAAGUUUAGUUGUGUACAAGGAUCUCAAACUAAAGUACAUCCACUCAAGUGCUCAUGGCUUCAUCUGAUAGUGAAAGAGAAGAAGCAGAAGCUGUAGCCGCAGUAGCAGAAGAAGAAGAAGAAGAAGAAGCAGAAGCUGCAGCCGCAGUAGCAGAAGAAGAAGAAGAUGGUGAUGAUGAAGAAGAUGAAGAAGCUGAAGAAGCCAGAGCUCUGGAGAAACAGUAUUGGAAGUACCAACCACUACAGAAAGCUGCUCUGACAGGAGACUGGGAAGAAGCCAAACGGAUCAUUGAUGGAGAUGGAGAUGCACUCACAGCCAAGAUCACCACAGACGAGGAGAUUGCACUCCACGUAGCCGUUGCAACAGGUAAGUCAAUCGAGUUCGUGAAGAAUUUGGUGGAUUUGAUGCCAGUGGAAGCGCUGGAACUAAAUGACAGUGUAGGUGCGACUGCCCUCAACAUUGCAGCCCGGUUCGGCAACACAGAUGCUGCUAAAAUUUUAGUAGCCAAACACUCGGAUUUGUUAUACAUUCGCAACGGAGAUAAUUGGUUACCUCUACACUGGGCUGCUCGAAGUGCUCAUAAGGACACCCUUUCAUAUUUAUUAAUGGUCACUAAACCUGAUUGUAAGACCAAAAAACCAAUUGAGAAUGAUUUGGAGCACAUGGCCCCCUUUGAAGAUGAUUCUGGCGUUGAGCUUCUUGUUCUUGUCAUAGCUUCUGGAUUCUAUGAUAUAGCUUUGGAUUUGGUUAGGCAAUAUCCCGAGGUAGCGAAAUCAAGCUUUCAGGAUCGAUGUGCUCUGGGAGAAAUGGCUAAAAAGGUGUCUGCAUUCAGAAGUGGUAGUCAUUUCAAUCAUUGGCAAAGCAUAAUAUAUUAUUAUGUUCCAGUGAAGGUAGAGCAAUCUGCCGAAUACAGUGAAAGAGAUGACAUUUUGAAUCCAACAAGGCAAAAAGUGAAGGCCAUGCUUUGGAGAGUCUUGGAAUUAUUAGUGCCUCCCAUUAAACACGUACAACACAUACGAGAGCAAAAAUUGAAGCACAAUCAAGCACUCCAACUAGUCAAAUACUUAUGUGAGCAAGUUAGAUCUUUAGAAGACUUGAAAGCUUAUAGAUCACUUGCUAGAAGUCCACUCCUUGUAGCAGCAAAGUUAGGGAUUCACGAGAUUAUAGAAGAGAUUGUGAAUUCGUUGCCUAGAGCAAUUCUUGCUAGAGACUUCGAAAAUCGAAACAUAUUUCAACUCGCAGUUAUAAAGCGCCAUGAAAAUGUUUUCAACCUCUUGUAUCAAAUGGGUGAGUAUAAACAAUAUAUUACACGAUUGGAAGACGAUAAUGGGAACACACUGCUACACUUGGUUGGAAACAAAGCACCUAUAGAGAAACUCAGUGUUGUUCCAGGUGCAGCUCUGCAGAUGCAGCGUGAGUUACAAUGGUUUAAGGAAGUGGAGAAGUUUGUGAACCCUAGUCAUAUAGAAAAGCAAAAUGACGAUGGAGAAACUCCUUCAACAGUUUUCACCAACAAACACAUGGAUUUAGUAGUUGAAGGAGAGAAAUGGAUGAAAAACCGAGCAACCUCAUGCACAAUUGCAGCGACACUCAUUACUGCUAUAGUAUUUACUGCUGCAAUAAUUGUUCCAGGUGGGAACAAUAACACAAGUGGACUCCCAAUUUUCUCAACAGAAAAAGCAUUUAUUGUUUUCGUAGUUUCAGAUGCAAUUGCUCUGUUCAUGUCCACCACUUCUCUUCUGAUAUUCUUGUCCAUCCUCACUUCGCGAUAUGCUGAAGAUGAUUUUCUCCAUGUUCUUCCCCAUAGGCUAAUUAUUGGCUUUGUUACAUUGUUCCUCUCCAUAAUAGCCAUGAUUGUAGCCUUUAGCUCGACGCUGUGUCUUAUGUUGGGUGACAAGAACAGCUGGCUACUUAGUUUAGUUGUUACAUCAGCAUGUUUACCAAUUUCUUCUUUCAUGCUCCUACAGUUCCCCCUCCUUGUGGAUCUCAUGUCUUCAACAUAUGGACCUGGCAUUUUCGGCAAGCAAAGUAAUCGGUCUUUUUAUUAAGAUCAACAACAAGAUGAAGAAUUCCAAGCAUAUAUCAUCUAGUUUCAUCCAUUGUAACCAAUAAAUGGAUUAUGGUCCCUAAGUUUUCUUCUGUAAUAAAAACAUGUUGCAAUGUUCAACAUGAAAAAUUGUGUGACAAAUGAUAGUAACAUAUACAAGUGCAAUGGAUUUUGGAAAAA